UCGUAUGCCAAGUGCCCGGACACUCACGUGGGGAUUUCUCUUGUAACGAACAUUGUACACUUGCAUUGUGUAUAAAAUAAAAAAUAAAAAAAAAAAGCUGGGUGCAAAACGUCAAGCGAAGUGCUGUGUGCGCGAGGUGUGUGCCCUGUGCAUGAAAGUGGCUGAACCAGACGCUCUACAUUUCCAAACACUGAACAAAUAUUCUGCUCAUUUCUCACUGACGAAUUGAUCGAGAAAGCACAUCUGAGUUGGAUUAUGGAAAAUCUGAACUGGUUGUGUCAACAGACGCUCUGUAGGUUCCAUCGUGGGUGAUCCGAGAAGAGGAAAGCGUUGGACGCUACGGUCCAUUCGGUGGUGUUGGAAUCACCGGGUCAUUGCUGCUCGCUGCGGCGGUGACAAAGCUCGGGAUUACCCAUAAACAAAUAGAGUCUGCGCUGCUGUGAUUUCUAGCUCUCGGUCUUUCAGUGGUGGUCGGCUAUACACACAGCGUGUGUCAAGAGAUUAUGAGGCGCACUCGGGGAUUGUUUAUGGGCAGAAGGCUGGUAUUUCUAGGCGUCAUAUUCUUCAUCUCGACUUUGGUGACUAGAUUGGGAAAUAACAUAAAAGGUGAAGAUUUGCAAGACCACGAUACAGGGCAGUUAGAUGAUCCCAGCCGCCAUAGUGUAUUCCUACGCCGAUUAGCAUCGACACGUUACACGCAAGUAGACGGCGUAGAGGACGAAGGCAAUGAUACAGAAAAUAUCGCGGAUGAAGACAGAAACUGCACACCGCCUACAAUACAUGAGUUUCCUGAGGAUGUCUUUUCCAAUGAACAACGAAAGAAAGGUGCUUUGGUCUUGCACUUCAUGUGUGUGAUCUAUAUGUUUGUUGCUCUAGCCAUAGUGUGUGAUGACUACUUUGUAUCUUCACUUGAGAAAAUAUGUGAGCGGCUCGGAUUCUCCCAUGAUGUGGCUGGGGCCACCUUUAUGGCAGCUGGCAGUUCGGCCCCGGAACUCUUCACAUCUAUCAUUGGUGUCUUCAUCGCUAAGGGUGAUGUUGGCGUGGGAACUAUUGUUGGCUCGGCAGUGUUCAAUAUUCUGGUCAUCAUUGGUCUGUGCGGGUUGUUUGCCGGACAGGUCAUUCCUCUGACGUGGUGGCCCAUGGCUAGAGAUACCGUCGUCUAUUCCAUUUCAGUACUGACGCUGAUGUGUGUCAUUUUUGAUGGCAAAAUCACGUGGUACGAAUCACUACUUAUGCUGUCUAUGUAUGCUGGAUAUAUCUUCCUCAUGUGGUUGAACCCAAAGAUUUCCCACAACAUCCACCGGAAGCAGGAGAAGAGGAAGGCCAAGAAGAUUGCUAAGAGACUGGAGAGCUGCAACAACCGAGCCUCCAUUCAAUUAGAGCAAGUUACCCCUCUGAAACCAGAAAAAGAAGAAACAGCCAACGGCGAUACUCAGCCUGCUCCUUCUGCCGAUGAAAACAGCCCAAAUUCCCCGAAGAGGCUGACUUUCUCAGAUGCUGGUCUGAGAUUGAUGCUUACCAAGCAGUUCCCUGCGCGAACUCGUAUGAGGACAGCCUGCUGGCUAGUAAUAGCAGAGCAAAAGCAUGCAUUGGAGGCUCAGAAGGAAGCCGAGUUUAAUUCCUUUGGGAAAGAAGCUACGGGUGACUCCAAUGGUGCUUUGGGCCAGACACAUAUACCAGCAAAACGACACAGCAUGCAGCAAGAAGAAUUGCCCGAAGAGGAAAUCAGUGCUGUCAUUCGAGUGGAAGCACCAGACGGUCUUUGUCAGAUUCCAGAGGGAAAAUUGGCUGUGGUCAGAUGGUUGGUAUGUCUGCCUCUGAGUACUGUCAUGUUCUUCACAAUUCCGGACUGCAGAAGGAAAAGAUUUGAAAACUGGUACAUGGCUACGUUUAUUGUGUCAGUCAUUUGGAUCGCCAUAUUCUCCUACGUCAUGGUGUGGAUGGUAGCUCUCAUUGGAUUCACGCUGCACAUCCCAGACACCGUUAUGGGCCUGGCAUUUUUGUCAGCUGGAACCAGUGUACCUGAUGCCAUGGCAAGCCUUCUUGUUGCCAGACAAGGGCUUGGCGACAUGGCAGUAUCUAACAGUAUUGGUAGCAAUGUAUUUGAUGUUCUUCUUGGUUUGGCUCUACCGUGGUUCAUUAAGACUACCAUGAUUAACUAUGGAUCAGUUGUCAAUAUCAACAGCAGUGGACUUUUGUAUUCUGUCAUCCUCCUCUUUGCAACUGUAGCAAUUACCAUUAUCACCAUUCAUUGCCACAAAUGGAGACUGACAAAGAGAGUGGGUAUACUGAUGUUUUUCUUCUACGCCAUCUUCCUCACAUUUGCCAUCCUUGUUGAGCUCAACGUCUUUGGCUACGUGAACCCUCCUGUCUGUGUCAUUGACUUUUGAAGACGUUUAGGAAUAUAGCCACCAGCUUGAUCUCCUCUCAAGGAAUAAUGUAUAGAGUAAAUGUGAGGAAAACUUUCAUCACAGUCUAUAUUGUCUCCAUGCCUGCAGUGUGCCCUUAGCAGCAGAAAUUGACUGUGGAGUGAGGUCAGUUUAGCGCCACUUUUGUUACGUGCUUAUUCUUAUUCAAAUGCAUGUAUCUGUAGAAACUUAGUCAAUAGUAAACAUGCUACAGCAUGUGCUGAAACUUAUUGUACAUUCACCCAGAAAUUGUUGGAGUUCAUGAGUGCCCGUCUUUCUCUCCUAGGGCUUUACUGACAUGCUUGCAAGGGCACAUUAGAGUUAAUGGAACUUGUAAACUUCACUUCAAGUUGCUUAGGACAUAAAGUUGUAGCUUAGUAGGUAACCAGACAUGUGCUGUAUGCAUGUUAUUGGUGUUGGUUCUCGGCUGAUUUUUUUUAGCAGGAAAUUGGCUAAGCACCUUUUUUUCUGGUAAGCAGCUGUGCAGAAUUGAGUGCUGAUGUUUUCUCACUGGGUAGGCGCUUAUGCCCCAUCACACUCUGACGACAACCAGGAAGACCCUGCUCCGUUGUAAAAUUUCAUUAAAUCGUGGCUAGGAAGGGAUGAAACUUUGAAACUUGGCAAAAAGUUGGUUUUUUUUCUAGAUUGUAGUAGGUUGUUACUGCAUGGCCGGCAUGUGUAUGAAGUUCACCUUCCUUUCUCGGCAUAAUUAAACUGAGCGCGAGUCCCAACUCUGCUAAGAUGCAAGCGGAUCAUUCCACAGUGUUUCCGAGCAUUUCUUAUGUUGGCUGAAACAAUCAGCUCUCCCCCAGCUUGAUGAUACAAAACUCCAUUAACAUGUUUGGGAUGGCAUAAAAUUCUUCUUGAUUGAGUGGUGCUUCUAUCAUAUCUAUAAAGAUCCUACUACGCUGCUGAUAUGCUAAGACAACAUGUAUGCCGGUUCUUUGUUAGCUUGUUAAUAUGCUGUCACUGCGAUUUUAAGCCACCAUGACCAUGCAACAUAAAUGCUCCAAAUUUUGGCACAACUUCCCCAUCCAUGAACCCCUAUAACCACGUUGAUGUCAGUUCCCACUGAGUUCUUACGAGGAUGUACAAGAUCUUACCGCAAUUUUUUUAGGAUGUAGUAAGAUUGUGUUUGAGUGUGAUGGGAAAUUUAUGAGGUUGUGUCCUGAUUAACAAGCUACAGGCAGAAGUAACACACAUGACUAUGGAAAGCAGCUGAGCCACUCCAGCCAGCGACUUCCUUAGGAACACAUUAUUUUCAGCCGUAGCAAUGACAAAGGUUCCACAGAUUGUGCACAGCACUUGUAGUUGGUAAAUACAAGCAUGCAACUUGGACUUGGAAGAAAAACAAGAAAUUCCAAUCUUUACAAGACUUUGUACAGAGUUUCUCAAUUUUCA